GUAAAGUUUAUCAUUCAACUUUCCGGACAUUUUAUCCCGUGAUACUGUCUAUAAUUAGUACAUCCCAAACAUGGCGUUGAAGUAUUAUUUCGAUUUGAUGUCUCAGCCUUCUCGGGCUGUUUACAUCUUUUUAAAGAUGAACAAUAUUCCGUUUGUACCAAAACCAGUUGCACUUAGGAGUGGAGAGCAUCAUACAGAUGAGUUCAAGAAAUUAAAUCCCAUGAGCUUGGUGCCUGUGAUUGAUGAUGAUGGAUUUGUGUUGACGGAGAGUGUUGCCAUUCUGAAGUACCUGGCCUUGAAGUACAAUGUCCCUGACCACUGGUAUCCACGGGACCUCAAAGCUCAGGCCAGGGUCGAUGAGUACAUGAACUAUCAACAUAUAAACACUCGCUACAAUUGUAGCAUGGUGUUCCAACAGCUGGUGAUUAUACCCAGGGCAAUGCGAGCUCCAAUACAGUGGCCAAUGGUAGAUAAUGCAAAGAACAGGUUAGAAACUGUUAUAGCCCAUCUUGAAAAUUAUUUUCUGAAAGACAAUAAACAGAAAUUCCUGUGUGGUUCAGACAUAUCCGUGGCAGACUUGCUCGGGGUCUGUGAAUUGAUGCAGCUCAAUGCUUGCUGUGAGGAGAACAUCUACGAGUCAAAUUCUGCGGUAAAAGCUUGGGUAGAUCGCGUCAAAGAAAGAACCGCUCCACAUUUUGAUGAUGCCAACAAGAUUGUGCAAAGAGUUAGGGGUGUCUAUUCCAAGCAGAAAGAGGCACAACAGAAUGCAAAAUUAUAAUUAUGCUGAAGUUAGGGAUAUGGAAAAAUAACUGGGGUUAACAAAAUAUUUCUACAUAAAAGAGUUCAAGGCUGAAGCAUAUGGACCUUUAAGCAAAGCUUUGUUAAGUAAAACUUUGACUUUAUUUAACCAGAUGAGAUAUUUGAUAUUACUUAUAAUUUUACAAAUCAGACUGAUUCAAUCAAAUUCAUAUUGUUUUCAUAAUCUUUGUAUUGUAAUUAGCAUUAAGAAUAAAAGACAUUUUAAGUGUAAUAAAAUUACAUUAUAUAUAUAUUCAAAAUUUACCAAAAAAAAUUGUUAAAUUUUAACUACUGGUAGUUGUUUAAGCCCAACCAGGCUUUCUCGAAAUAUUAUUUGUUGCCUUUUUCAACAGAGGUAUAUCAUUUAAGAAAAUUUGACAAUAUGUCGAAUUUUUCAACGGGCAAAUGUAUGUGUAUCUUAAAUUUAUUUUUUGAUUUGUUGAUUUUUAAUUGUUAUAUACAUUAGACAUGUUGCAUGAAUUGUAAUGAUUAAAUUUAAAUA